AUGGCUGCCUCUGAGAAUUACCACGUUUUUUCUCCUAUUGCAGACACUUAUCAUUACAACAUGGGUUUAACAUCAUCGUAUCAUCAUCAUCAUCUUCAUCAAGAAGAAGCUCAUAUGGUUCCGUUUUUCGGGUAUUUUCAGCCAGGACUCUUCUUGCAUUCUCCGUUCUCUGUUCCUCUGUACCCUCAUUAUCAACCGUGGCCUUCCGAUUUCGAGCUCUCACACAUUCAUCACAUGAUAAACUGCCUAGCAAGCUUUUCGGGCCGGGCUGAGAGCGAAGGUUACCAUCAAUUUAUGGAUUUUGAUUAUUCUCCACAAGAAGUAUACAUGCAGCCACAGCCGUACAGACAAGAGGGCUUUUCGGGCCGGGCCGCAUAUGAAAACCGCAAUCAGUUAACGGGCCCCUCUGCAAGCUUUUCGGGCCGGGGAGUAAACGGGAACUACUCGUCCAUGGUCAGUGAGGGCUCUUUGAUUCUUGAUGCUCGAGAAGUAGAGGAAAAAGGAGAUGAAGGGCUGUGUGAAGAGAUUAUCAGUAAGAAUCUGAAACUGAAGGAUGAUCAGUGUACUGAAGAUGAUGAUCCAAAUAAGAUAUGUGUGGUGUGCCAGGAUUGUCUGUUACGAGACCAUGAUAAGAUUGCUGGUCUCGAUUGCGGGCAUGAUUUUCACGCAAGAUGCAUCGCGAAGUGGUUGAUGCGCAAGAAUAGUUGCCCCCUCUGCAAGGCAACGGGGAUCAAACUGUAA